AGAGGUCACUAGAGAACUCACUCCUCUCUCAUAUCCCAAUUUUUUUCUCAAGAUAAGCAUUAUCAAAGGUAUAAAAAUGGCUGAGGCGGCAACAACCAAGGCGUCUACUUUGGUCGGGAAGCUUGAGACAGACGUGGAGAUCAAAGCUUCCGCUGGAAAGUUUCAUCACAUGUUCGCCGGGAGACCACACCAUGUCUCCAAGGCAUCUCCAGGCAAAAUUAAAGCUUGUGAUCUUCAUGAAGGUGACUGGGGAAAAGUCGGUUCUAUCGUCUACUGGAACUACGUUCAUGAUGGAGAGGCAAAGGUGGCAAAGGAGAGGAUCGAGGCAGUGGAACCGGAAAAGAACUUGAUCACGUUCAGGGUUAUAGAAGGUGAUCUGAUGAAAGAGUACAAAAGCUUCUUGAUCACGAUCCAGGUGACCCCUAAGCAUGGGGGACCAGGGAGUAUUGUGCACUGGCACCUUGAGUAUGAGAAGAUUAGCGACGAGGUUGCUCAUCCCGAGACUCUCCUCCAGUUCUGUGUUGAAGUCUCCGAAGAGAUCGACGAACAUCUCUUGUCUGAGGAAUAGAGGAGAGUACUCCUCAUGUGACUUAUAUCCUAUCAGUACUUGUGUGUGUGUGCAUGGUUGAAGCAUGUUGGUUUCAGUAUUUAAAAAUUCAAUAAAUAAUCAGUGUAGAAAUAUUGAGUGACAUAUGAAAUGGAAGUGCUGAAUUAUACAUAUAUGUAUUCUACUUUCUUGUUUGUUUAAGUGUGUUAUUUUUG